AUCUUAUCUUAGCUGUUUGGCAAUAAUGUGACUGAUAUAGCCAUUUUACACAUUGUUUUUGCUCAAGCUAAACUAAGAUUCCAUCAAAUUCUUGUCCGAAAUUCUCUGAAAAAUAUACAUACACUGUUUAUCCUUGGAUCAUGGCAGCAUAUGCAGCCUUGGUUUCUCUUAUGCAUAUCAUCGAUACGAUCGAGCAUCACCAUUCCCCUCCAAUUUCUAUCCACAAACAACAAGUUGAAUCUCUCACUCAAAUUCUUACCUUUUUGCAGGAAUUUCUUCAAGGUUAUAAGUCCCCUGUUGCUGACGGAGAUGAAUCUGAUUCGCUGGAGAUGCGUAUCGCAGAUUUAGCUUAUGCGGCUGAAGAUGUUAUCGAAUCACAUAUUGUGGACAAGCUUCAGCUGAGCAGAUCUAAAGAAGCCAAAAUUGAUACAGCUUAUAUAGCUGAAGAUGCUGUCGAAUCUCAUAUUGUGGACAAGGUUCAGCUGAGAAGAUCCAAAGAAGCCAAAAUCAGCUGUUUUUUCAACUGUUUUGGAGGUUCGAAAAAUGACUCAUCAAACCACGAUGAUGAACACAUCAACUUGUAUCAAAAUCAUGGAAAGAAAGAAGCCAUGGAGACUGCAGCUGCAGCGGCAGCGGAUGAAGGAGAUGCCAUUGGAGAGGAUGUCAGUUGCAUCGACUUCUAUGAAGAUCUACAACAAGUGAUAGAAGAAAUGAAUGUGAUUAAGAAGGAAGCCAUGGAGACUGCAGCCGAAGCUCAGCUGCAGAGAAAGGUCUCCUCGACUCAAGCUGGUUCCUUGACAUCCUCUUCCAAUGUGAAGGAAAGCAUGAUGGUGGGCUUUGAUGACGUGCAACUUCAACUCUUGGAUUGGCUCACUGGAGGCAACCGUAACCGCCAAAUCAUCCCAAUCACAGGGAUGGGCGGGAUUGGUAAGACCACUCUUGCCCAACAUAUAUUUGAGCAUGCACUUGUUAAGGAGCAUUUUGAUAUUCGUGCGUGGACUUCAAUUUCUCGAACUUAUAAUGUUAGAGAAACACUUAGUCAAGUUCUUCACCAAGUAAGUGGAAAUUUGGGUAGUGAUCUGAGUGAGGAAGAUUUAGGAGAAAAAUUGUACAAGUAUUUAUGCGGUAGGAGGUAUAUUAUAAUAUUGGAUGAUAUGUGGAGUGUAGAGGUGUGGGACAAGAUGAGGUUUUUCUUUCCCGAUUACAAUGAUGGGAGUCGAGUAAUCAUAACGACUAGGCUCUCAAACUUGGCUGCCGAGUUGACAGACUCUAACAGCAUUGGUAUGAGAUUUUUAGAUGAUGUUUUUAGCUGGAGUUUGUUCUCCAAAACUGUAUUUGGGGAUGAGGGUUUUCCUCUUCAUCUCGAGGAAAUCGGAAAGAAAAUUGUGGGGAAAUGUAAGGGACUUCCUUUGUCGAUUGCUGUGAUUGGGGGUCUUUUGGCAAAGUCCGAACUUACACCGGAAUAUUGGGAGCACAUAAAGGAAAACAUAAGCUCAAUAGUGAAUUCUGAGAAUGAUGAAUAUUGCUUGAGAGUAUUGAAACUGAGCUAUGACCAUUUGCCUGCCUAUCUGAAGCCUUGUUUUUUGUACAUGGGGAUGUUUGGGGAAGAUGAGGAAAUUAGGGUUCCAGACCUCAUGAGGUUAUGGGUUUCUGAAGGCUUUCUCAAACCAAUAAUCAAUAAAAGCUCGAAAACAAUUGCCAAUGAGUAUCUGAAGGAGCUAGUCGAUAGAAACCUCAUUCUAGUUCAUAAGUUGGGGGCAGUUGGGAAUAUAAAGUACUGCAAAAUGCAUGAUUUAGUGAGAGAUCUAUCAUUUCAAGAAGCUGAAAAGCAGAGGUUUUAUUAUGUGUUAGGGCAACAUUGUCCUCGAGGGAUAAAUAGCCAACGCCGCAUUGUUAUUCCCAGAAGCACUUCAGCUAUGACAGUCCGGGAUGCCAUGGAAACUAUGUCGUCACGUGCUCGUUCUUUCAUAUGUGAUGGUGAUACGGUUCCAGAAUUGCUAGAUUUCAGAUUUUUGAGGACACUGAGUACAUAUAAGUAUUCCAAAGAGUAUUUAGAUGAAAAUGUGUUUCAAAUGGUGAACUUGAGGUACCUUUCGGCUAGAUUUCGUGAGGGGUUCCAAAUCCCUUCUUCAAUUAGUCUGCUCUGGAAUCUGCACAUACUAAUUGUUUAUUGUUUGGUUGAACCUACGACUGCACCAGUAGAAAUUUGGAAAAUGCAUCAGCUUAAGCAUGUCGAGUUCGAAGGUUAUCUCCCAGAUCCCCCGAGCGGGGAUAGUGAUGUUAUGAUGGAGAAUCUAGAGACGCUCAAAGGAGUGAUUGAUUUCAACUUGAAUGCAGAAAUGGUUAAGAGAAUUCCCAAUAUCAAGAAACUGUAUAUAAGAUACAAGGAUAAAGUAAUGGAGAGAGUGAAGUGCCUCAGCUAUCUUCAAUGUCUGAGUAAGCUGGAAAGCUUGAGGUGCAUUAUUGAAGAUGGAUGUGAAGAGUAUCUGCAGAGUAUUAGCUUCCCGCACUCACUCAAGAAGCUGUAUAUUCGAUGCGAAAACUUCCAUUUGGAGGAAAUUCUGGAAAAGAUAGCUUCAUUACCACUUCUUGAAAAGCUCACACUGAAAUAUGGAGAGUUUGCAAGACGCAGUUGGGAAAUAGUUGAAGGCCAAUUCCCCAGCCUCAAAUACUUGAGAUUGUCGGAGUGUUGGGAUAUGGAAUGUUGGACGUUAGAGGGCUACUGCUUGCCACGCCUUGAGCAACUUCUUCUCGAUGACAUGUGGUCGUUGGAGGAGUUCCCUUCAGAAAUUGGAGAAAUACCAACACUCAAAUCAAUUCGAUUGUGGUUUUGCAGUGAAACAAUGGCUGUGUCUUUGAAAAAGAUAGUAGAGGAACAAGAGGAAUUACAAGGGGACCCACCCUUUCAUGUUCUAGUUAAGUUGAACAACGUCAGCCAAGAACUGCAGAGCUUGGCAACUCCCAACUUUCGUGUAGUCCAUUGAUGCGAUGAGGAAUUCAAUUGUGGGAAUACUAAUUUGAGUGAUUAAUUUUCAA